AUGGAACUGUGAACUGUCGCUGUCAACUUAGUGUCCAGAGUAAACAAAUCAAGGACUGGACACUUCACGAAUUCAUCACCACCAUAUCUACUCAACGCAUUUACCAUUGGGUAUCACAAUCUACGAGAAUCGUCGACCAAGCAAUAGACACACUCCCUCAAAAGAAAUCAUUUCCCAUCAUCCGCGACACAUCACCAACCGCCCGUCCGCCCGCCCGCCCGCUCAUUUGCGCCGCGAUGGAAAUGGAAUCCGCUGUUCAUCGUCGAAUCGAGCUUCAAUCGCCCGAAGACUUUACCUAUCUAAUCGAAAAUGUACGCCGCGCCGCAGCGGAUAGCAUCAACGCCGCGUUUCCGCCUGUUGACGCGGGCGACAGAAAUGGGGAGGACGAGGAGGAAGAAGAUGAAUUGCGCGUGAGGAUAGAGCAGUUGGUUGAUGAUUACAUAACCAAAACCUUCACCUACGUAGCCCCCAACAUCUCCAUCAACGGCCUCCCCGUAACCGACCCCUCGGAAUUUUUAUCAUCUCUGUCCUCAUCCCCACUCACCUCCCCUUCUUCCACCACCACCAUCACAACAAGAACAACCAACGGCACCAACAACAAAAAAUCCUCGGCCAAAUCGUCGAAAAUCCAAAAGACCAAGUCCAAAAAGAAACCAAAACCCCAAGAAGAAUACGAACCCUUCGACCCCCGCAAACGUUCCCGCCUCGAAACCCUCGCCCGCGAAGAAGAAGAUCUCCUGCGCUCCAUCGCUUUACUCAAACGACGCGUACCUGCCUCCGCCGCUUCGGCGCUGGCUGAGUCUUUGGCUCGGCAGACGGAAGCAGACCAAAAGGCGUUGGACAGGGCCAAACAGAAAGUGGUGGAGGAGGGGGUGGUUGCUGGACGAAAGGCUUUGGAGGGGUUAUUGCCUUUUGUUGAUGCUGCUGGUGCUGCUGCUGCUGCUGCUGCUGCUGCUGCUGCUGAAAGUGGAAAUGGAAGUGGAAAUGGGAGUGGGGACGUAACAACAGGAAAGGGAGGAAAAGAAAAAGGAGGUGCUGCUGCUGCUGCUGGUGCAGCAAUGGACAGGCAGGAAGAAAUAGAAGAUGGGUUUGGAAAAGCGGUUGAGGCGCUGAGGAGGCUGAAGAGUCAGAUGCCGGCUACGGUGGCGAGGAUGGAGAGAGCGAGGGUUGCAGGGGGGUAUGUUGUUGCUGGUGUUGGGGGGAGUGGUGUUGUUGCGGCGCCUGGGGAGGGGAGGUAGACAUGUUGUUGGUUGGGUUGGCGAAACUUGUUGGCGCUGCGGGAAAAAAAAAGUUGUUGGGUUUUUUCGAGCCGGCAUGUUAGAGUCGUUGCUUGUUGGAACAUUGUUUUGCUUUCUGUAGGACGCUUUAAGCGAUUAGAUUUUGAAGUUAGGGGCGUAUUGGCAUGGCCAUGACUACGGACGGAAUACCAAAGCAGACAUGUGGUUACUGUUGGGAAUUGCUCUAGAUUUGUUGAUGUCUUCAUCUCUCAAAUACCAGGCAGAUACAUCAUAAACGGCCAGAAACAAGUAAUCUAUUGUAUAUCCCUGUGUAUACCAAAGAGACCACCUCCGACAAAG